CCGAAUGUAAAAUAAACACGAGUGCAUCUAAGAGGCCAGUACACCCUCCUCAUUCUCAAAUUUGUCCUUUUGUCAGUCUUUAGUCCUGACCCUCCAAUAUCCGUUGGCUCUCUGAUCUCCCUCUCUCUCUCCUUCCCUCGCAAGUCGCAUCCAUUAACAUGCUCUACUACUAGCUCCAACCAAAUUCACCCCUUUAAAUCUUGUGCAAAUUUCAAUUGACCGUUGAGAUUUCAAAACUCCCAUCAAGUUCACAAUCUUCAAUUUCUACGAUUUUCUUCAUCUGGGUUUUUAGUUUCCUCCCAAAUUUUUCUUCUUUCAUCAUUGUUUCUUCGCCCCACCUCAAAUUUUCAUCUGGGUAUUUCCCAAAAUGGGUAAAAAUCAAGCUUACAAAGCUAUGCAAAGAUCCAGGGUGGGGUCCAGCAGUGGUGCUCAAGACGAGGUUGAAGAUGGAUUGGUGGAUGGUUCAUUUCAUACACCAGAGUGGCAUGCUGCUCGUUUGGCUAACUUGAGCACCUCUCACACAGUCACAUGGGAAGAGUUUAAAAUGAAGCAAAAGGAGGAAGCAGUAAAAAGGGGUGAACAGGAAGCUGACAAAGACAGGAUGAUGAGAGAAUACAGGCUUCAGCUAGAUGCAGAAAGAGAACGGAAGCUUUCUCAAGGAAGAAACCAUUCUAGUAGCAAGUCAAAAGACUCAAAACAUAAAAAAGAUAAAGAUAAGAGCUCAAAAAGACGUUCCAGCAAAAAGAGAAAGCACUCACGUAGAUAUUCUUCAGAUUCUAGCUCCUCCGAUUCAUCUUCUGAGUCUUCAAGCAGUGAUGAAGAAGAGAGAGAGUCAAGGAGGUCAAAAUCUAGGUCGAAGAAAACAAGGAAGGAAAGAAGACAUAGGUCUAGAAACAAAAGUUCUAGUACCGAUGAUGAGGCUGCUGGUCCCUUGCCACUUUCUAGGUUUUUUGGCAAUGUGAAGAGCUCAUGAACCAGAAUAAAAGAGCAAUUCCAACUUGUAGCAUUUUAGUUUUGUGUCAUUUAACAGUGAUUUUCGUUAUUAGAUUCUGGUUUCUUGCUCCGGUGUCAAAAUAUGUGAUUAGUAUAAUGUAACUAUUAUGUAUUUUUAGAGAGCAGGAAAUUCUUUUGCAUGUCAAGAAUACCAUCAGUCUUCUAAUUCAUGGGUGGAUAUUGAAUCAUACAUGAAAUUUACUUCCUCGAUGCCUAGUUUUGUUUUCAUUACUCAAAUGAAAUCGUAAUUCUGCCUUUUUGUUCGGAGCA